GCAUCUUUGGCGUUUGCCAAUUCCUCCUACUCGAUAUUGAUUCCUAUGGCUUCAGUUGCAUCGCCGGCUCCAACCCCACCAUCCGCUACUUGUUGAGCGUUUUGAUCUUCCCCGUGGGGGUUCUCUGGCUGACCGGCUGCUUCUGCACAUCCAAGCUUCUGCCCGCGAAGUAUCACUGGAAUGGCUCCAAAGUCUGCAGCACCAUUGGUGCCUUCAUGCAGAUGAGCUUCAGCACCAUGUCGGCAGCAUCAUUGGCUCCUAUGAUGUGCUACAAGCAUCCCAACGGCCUCCGCAGCGUUUUGAAGUAUCCGGAUGUGAUUUGUGGGUCCGAGGAGCACACUUUGAUGUUGGUGAUUGGUUGGUGCAUGCUUUGCACUUGUGUGCUCGGCUUCGUUGCCUUGUGCACCUACGCGGUGGUGCGUGAAGCACGGCGGCAGCGUGAUCCCCCCCCCACGGUACCUCACUGGAGUGUACGGCGUCGGGACGCCUUUGUGGCUGCUGUCCGGUUCUUGGUCUUCCGCUUUCGCUUGGACGCCUGGUGGUUUGGCGUGCCCCUGCUGGUAC